AUGACUUCAAAGCACACAACACAGACUGUCACUUCCACAGUCACCACUAAUUUGGUCACACCAGCUUUUAAACCUACAUCUACUGUCAACCCAAGCUUGAAUACUAUCCCUUCUACACCUUUCACACAUCGUACUGCUGCACCCACAAGUCAGGCAACAACGAGUGAAAAAUCAAGUAGCAGCAAGCAAACAUCUCCACUAACUUCAAGGGCUUUGACUUCAGCAGAAAUCAUCAGCACGAGCUCACUUCGAACAGUCAGUCAUUCAACAUCUAUCAUUAUUCCCGUUUCAAAUGCCACGACUCCACAUUGUACUGAUAACGACUGUCCAGGAUGUGCUGGCACCUGUGCAUUCAACACAACACUUGGAGGAUGUCACUGCCACUGCCAAGAGUUUGUCUUUGGAGACUUGUGUGUUUUUGGAGAAAAUGACACCUCUGCUCAAAUUGAUACCGGAGCGAUACCACCUCGAAAAGCAAAUAUUACUUUGGAAAUCCAGAUCACUUUUCAGGCGGCUUUUAGAGAUUUAAGCUCACCUGAAUCAUUAGAAUUCAUCGAGACACUGGAACAGGAGCUUGAAGCCCUAUGCAAAGAAGCAGAUCCACAAAGCUAUAAAAAAGUACAAGUCAUCAAGUUAUCACCGGGAAGUGUUGUCGCAGAGAGCGUGGUGGAGUACAUCUAUGCAAACAAUGAAACUCAAAUCCAGUUUAUCAACACUCAGCUUGAUGGGGUGUUGACUGGUAUCUUGAAUAAGACAAGCAACCUCAAUAAGAUCUCUCAGGCCUUUAAUGCAAGUGUGCAGUUAAAUGGACUCACCUUCCAGUCACCUGAGAUUAAAAAUAUCACAGACCUGAAGCCUUUUGUUAACUGCUCUCAGUUUGCUAAUUACACUGCUGAGAUUAGCAAUGGUCAAUGGCAGUGUGUCGGACCUUGCAAAACAAACCCUAAUUACUGUCACCAACAUGGAGAAUGUCGCAAUGAUGUCUACAAAGGGCCUACCUGCAGUUGCUUCGAGUCUAGCCUGGAGCAGUUUUAUGGUCCACAGUGUGACCUCUUCCGCUAUGGUCCGGGUUUCUACGGGGCACUGUUUGGAUCACUGGCAGGAGCACUCCUGCUCAUAAUUAUCAUUGUCAUUGCUGUCAUCAUUUUCAAAAAGAGACAUAUGAGUGUUUGGAAAAUUAGAAACAACAGAAGACUGUCUGCUUUUGAGGAAGAUUUCUAUGACUUCUCUGACACAGGAGAUCACAGCUUUGGAUUUGCAGGCACUUACACAUCAGAGGGUUUCAGGCCCCAUCUGCAAAAUGUUGACACUCAAGUGCAGGUCACAACAAGACGUCCUGAGGUUUUGAACAUCAGCCCUAGAUGA